AUGGCUGGAAUUGACUUUGGCAAUAUGAAUUGUUAUCUGGCUGCGGCCAGAAAUAAGGGAAUUGAAGUGUUGAUGAAUGACUAUUCCCUUCAUGCUACCCCGUCAUGUAUUUUGUUCGGACAAACUGCGAGACUGAUGGGCUUUGGUGCACGCCAACAAUUAAACAUGCACUACAAGAACACCGUUUUAUACUUCAAACAAUUAUUGGGAAAGCAGUACUCUGAUGAAUUUAUUCGUUUAUUUGGCUCUUCAAUUCCCUGCGAUAUUGUUCAACUCAAGAAUGGUGACAUCGGCCUGAAAGUGAUGUAUUUAAAUGAAGAGAGGAUUUUUACACCUGAACAAGUUCUUGCAUGUCUUUUCACACAUCUUCGACUACUUCUGAGCAAAUCUCUGGGAUCUGAUAUUAACGAAUGUGUUAUGAGUGUUCCAUUUUAUUUUGAUGAGAAACAACGUUUGGCUGUUAUCGCUGCAGGUCAAUAA